AUUAACCAUAUUAAAUUGCUCCAAAAAUCAAACCAAUAUGUAUACAUCUUAAAAACAUGACACAGAUCAAAAAAGUUGUAGGUGGAAUUUUGAAGCUCAAAAAUAAUGUCUUGAUCAAAAAGUUCAUAGAGAUGAGAAGAAAUGAAAAAUCAAGAUAUGUUGUGGCAGAGGAUGUGAAAAAAGGACAUUUUGCUGUGAUUGCUGAGGAUGAAGAGGAAAAAAAGAGAUUCGUGGUACCAUUGAGUUGUUUAACAAAUCCAAUAUUUAAGAAGCUAUUGGAACAAGCAGCUGAAAAAUAUGGAUUAAAUGGAGAUGGUGUAUUAACUGUUCCUUGUAGGCCUAAUGAGUUUGAGAUGUUGUUGGUUCAGCAAAGACAGGAAGAAGGAAGAUAUUGCUAUGAUCAUGUCAUGUUUAAAUGUUACUAGAAAAAAUAAAAUUAGGUGUUAAAAUUAGUGACGAAAACUAAAAGUUUUAAAUAUCUCUCUUGUAAUUAAGUCUAGUGGCAAAAUUAAAGAUAGAUUUCAUAUUUUUCUUCUUUAAGCUUUUCUAGUUAAUUAAAUGCAAUUUUAGAUUC